UGUAAUAUAAUGAUCAUAGCUAAAUAUUUUAUUAGCGACUCCAAAUAAAGAACCCAAACUUUUUUUUGUGUCCAGUUUCAAGUACUUUGAUUACACCAGGCUAUGUAUACAUUGUGUGCAAUAAGAUAGCCUGAGCUUUUAUACGUAAUAUAAAAACAAGCAGAGACAUUUACAGAACUUAUACUUAAAUGUAUGAUGAACAAAAGAAAAUUAAUGCCACAACAUAUGACUGUGCUGAAAGACAGCUUUGUACUUUCACAAGAUUAAUUAAGUGCAAAUUUUCUCUUGCAGAAGAAGAAGAUGCUGAUUUUUUGCCUUCUCUUGCUGAUUUCUUUUCAACACAUGGAAGCAACACCUGAGAUCUGUAAAAAGGAAUGGCGGUGUGAUGCUCCUGAAUGUUUUGAAAUAAUGGGGUCUCCAGAACCAGCUUGCCCCUCCACCAGUCACACAGAUCUCUGCAGAUUUAAUGGAAGUUGCAUUGAGUAUAAAUGCAAGGCAGCUUUAACCUGCCAAUGUGAAGGAAGUCCAGUUAAAUUGGCAGACUUAACCAAAUGCCCUGGAAAACAUGUAGAAAGAUUCAGUAAUGGCUCAUGGCAGUUUGGUCAUGCUGCCGGCACUGCUGCUGCUGCUGUUGUUGGUCUUGCUGUCAUUGCUGCUGCCGCCAUGACAAUGGAAUGCUCCAUCAGGAAAAACAGAGGCAGCCUGUGUUCUGGAUGUAGAAGGAAGGACACUGAGAGGCAGGGGGACCCAGAGCUGGGAGAGACAGGCCCACAGACAUCGCCCCUGGCAGAGGGCCAAGUGGAAGUGGAGCUGGAUGACAUGAAUGAUGCCUCGAUCAAGAACUCCCCCCGGCCCGUGGAGACACAGGGCCAGGAUGCCUCUGAUGGGGCCGCAGGCCGAGGGGCCGGCGUGGUCCAUUCACAGGUGGCACCGAAGAACAAAACCAAGAAGGGGAAGGGCGAGGAUGGGGAGGGGCAUGGGGAAGGGCCCCCCCGUGUUCUGCAUCCAGAGGAGGAGCCAUUGGUCACAGGGGAAAUGGAGGGAAACCCAGAAUCUGACUGGAUUUUGGUUUAAGACCUCCCCAGAGCUCCUAUCAAUGUGCACGGCACUGGGAUUACACUUUUGCACAGAGGAAAGGAGAGCCCCCUACUGGCCGACCAACACAUCAUCCAGCAGUGCCUUAGUUUUCCCAGGAGGUCUCCCAUCUGAGUAUUAACUGAGCUGAUAUCUGCUUCCAUCAGCAGGAUAAUAUGAGAAAGGAAGAAAAUGGGAACAUCACCGGAUUGGAUUAACUUGCCGUGAGACGUGAUGAACAUGUCAUGCACUGAGGCCUCCUGUACUUCUAUGAGCAUCGCUGCUGAUUCCAGCAUCUAUGAACAUCCCUAGCUCAGUGAUUUAAUUGCGUUGAUGUUGUCAUGAAGUUGUCCUUUUGUAUUCUGUCAUUAUGUGAACCCUGGC